GGAACACUUCCGCUGUUGCAACACCGAUAUUAAUAAUUGAGAUCCAUUGCGCGUGUCUAUUAUGUCUACAAGGGAUCAAUAAUUCAGGACAAUACUCUCUUCUUUAAGACACCCAAGCUCUGACUUUCAAUUCGCAAUGGCGUCGAUCAGGGAAAACUGCCGAAAAAUCAUUUGCAUCGGCCGGAACUAUGCAGACCACAUCGCUGAACUCAACAAUACCCGCCCCAAGAAACCAUUUUUCUUCCUGAAGCCCACAACUUCCCUUGUGACGCCCGGCUACCCGCACGUCUUCAGACCAAAGGGCGUAAACCUCCACUAUGAAGUUGAGCUCGGCCUUAUCAUGGGCCGCCGCCUGAAAGACUCAGAUCCAGCUGACGCAAAGGGAGCUUUGGAUGCCAUCUCCGGUUACGUCGUCGCCAUUGACAUGACCGCCCGUAACGUCCAAGAGUCCGCCAAACGCGCCGGCCUCCCCUGGUCCAUCGCCAAGGGUUUCGACACCUUCUGUCCCAUCAGCAACUUCAUCCCCAAACAAGCCAUUCCAGAUCCCCAUAACGCCAAUCUACAUCUUUCCGUGAACAACGAGAUCCGCCAGAAUGACAACACCGGCUUGAUGCUGUAUCGCAUUCCUCAGAUUCUAGCAGAGAUCUCUAUGGUCAUGACGCUCGAGCCUGGUGAUCUUGUCCUGACGGGUACACCGAAGGGAGUGGGCGAAGUGAAGCAUGGAGAUGUCAUGAGGGCAGGAAUCAGUGUAGAUGGGAAGCCAUUGCCGGAAGGGAAUAUCGAAGUUACAGUGAAGGAUUCCGAGGGGAGGUUUACCUUUGGGGAGUUUUAGACGGCAAGGAAAGGUGAGAUGAAUGUACAGGACAAUAUUUGAGUAUAUAUACACUACAUACACCCCAUCUCGAACA